AGGAUGUUAGUUUGUCAAGGGUAUGAACAAAAUGGCGUACGCUAGAAUGAUUAUUUGUGUUUGAUGUUUGUUUACUAAUAAAACAAUAUUAUGGGUGAUAUAAAUAAUGAUUUGAAUAAUUUGAAAAUUGAUACCCCAAUUUUCAAAGAUGUGAGUUUUUACCUAUGCGGAAACGUCGGGCCACAGAUUGAAGAACUUUUAUGUAAACAUGGGGCUAAGAAGAUCCAGUAUAUCUCUGAUUUUGUUACACAUUACGUAUUCGGCGAUGAUGUUGCUGAUACGAACAUAUUUGAUGCUGAAGACACAUAUGAUUUGACUGCAGUUCAUGCUACUUGGGUUAAAUCCUGUGUUAGCUUAAACAAAUUAGUCAGCACAAAGCCCUAUAAAAGAUAUAAGAAUAAACUUUUUGCUUCACUUGUAUUCUGUAUUGCCCAAGUUUCAAAAAAAGAUCUUAAUGCUUUAUGGAGUCUUAUAACUUUUUAUGGAGGCAAGGUAAAACUGAAUUUGGAUUCAAAAUGCACUCAUUUAAUAUGUGGGGCUCCGAAAGGAGCCCGCUAUACAACGGCAAUGAGUUUAAAUUCAGAAAAAUUAAAUGUCAUCACUCCAGACUGGAUUAUAGAUAGUAUUAAUGUAAACUCGUUAUGUUCAACAAGUAUUUACCACCCUAGAUUAUUAAUAAUGGAUAAUGGUACUACUAAAAAUGAUACAAAGAAUAGUCUUAGGAGCAUUACAGGUUUUGAUUUUGAGGAAAGCAUAGCUAAAACUGAAGUUCCAACACAAGGCCCAAAAGAAACUGAGCAAUCAAAAGAUGGUUUUGAUAAUUCCAGACAAAAGUUACCUUGGAAUGUUUCUGAACCUUUACAGUCUGUACCAUCACAGUCCCCAUUAAUUAAAUCUCCAACUUCUCAAGGUUUUACUGUAAUAAAUUCUCAGGCAAAUGUAGCUUUAAAUAAUAAUGCAAAUGUUAAAUUUUCACAACCCAAUGUAAAUAAUCAACAUCAACGUUUGCAGCAGCAACAAAUUCACAAUAGUCAACCUAUGUUAGCAAAUCAGCAAUCUAUGGCAAAACAAAAUUUAAAUCAACAAAAGAUACAAUCGAUGCAGAGCAGUCCAAUGCAUAAUCAACAGAAUGAUGAAGCUGAUUGGAAGACAAAAGUUGCAUCGCAGAAUAUGAAUAACAAAGUUAUGAGCACAGCACAACAAAUUAUUGUUAGUACUGGGCAGAAUCAGCUUCAAAUAAAUAAUAUGCAACAAAUGCAUCAGAAACUAGAAUUAAAUAUUAAUAUUGGCAAUCAAAUGGCAGUUACACAGUCUGGUGGACAGAUAAUUACUCAAAAUGUAACACAAGCCGGUUUAAAUCAGCAACAAAAUCUUGUGGGAAACCAGCAAAUUAUAAAUAAGCAACAGCAACUGUCUAACCAACAAUUAGCUAAUCAACAUCUCAUCAAUAAUUCCCAACUCAAUCAAAAUUUAAAUUUAAAUAACCAACAAAUAAACGAUAUGCAAAAUCAACAAAUGCUAAUACAGCAACAAAAUAAAGUUAUGAAUAACCAGUUGCAAAUAAAUAAUCAACAAAUACAAUUAUCACAGCAUAAUAGUAUACAUCAAAUAAAUAAUCAACAUAUCAUCACAACGAGUCAACAACCUAAUCAACAAUUAAAUUCCAGUCCAAUAAACCAACAGCAAACAAUCAAUCAGCAACAAAUAAUAAAUCAGCAACAACAGCCACAACAAAUCUUCAAAUCACAAACAACUAUACAAAACCAACAACUAAUUAAUCAGCAAGGAAUGCAAAAUCCACAACUAAUCAAUAUGCAGCAAAAUCAACAAAUAAUUAACCAACAGAUGUUAAAUCCAAAUUCAUUAAUAAAUAAUCAAAGAGUUGAAUCCCAAGUCUUAAAUCAACAAAAUAUUCAGAUAUUAGGGCAGCAGCAACAAAACGUACAGAAUCAGCAAAUGCUGCAGCAACAGAAUCAGCAAGUAAUAAACCAACAGCAGAACCCACAAGUUUGGCAACAUCAACAACAAUAUGCAGUCACCAAUGUUCAACAACAGCAGCAACAACAACGCCAGGCUGCUCCACGCGCUAUGUGGCAACAGCAAGUUAGUCAACCUGGUCAACCGCAGAGGCAACUAAUUCACUUGGAUGCUCACACUCAUGCGCAACUUCAACAGAUGGAUCCCCAGCAGAGGGCGCAAUUUGUGGCACAUCUUCAGAAACAACAGAGAGCAUUGAUGCAGAAACAGCAGCAGCAACAGCAAGCGGCAGGGUUGGUACAGCGACCUGUUGUACCACCAAGACCCGGACAAAUUGCUGUUAUUAGAAGCCAGGUGCCUGCAGGAUUGACGCCUCAACAACAGAUACAAUGGGUUCAGCAACAACAGCAACAGGGUGUUGUCAGGCCUGCACAGCAAGUAGCAGGCGGUGUUGUUGCAGGUGGUGCUCCAGGAUUAAGUCCUAUUUCACAACAGCAACAACCUCCAGCUGCAUUUACAAUGGAUCAGAAUGCAGCAAACCAACAACACAUACAGCAAUUGCAAAUUCAACGCCAACAACAAUAUCACCGCCUAAAGCAACUUCAAAUGCAGAGAGAACAAGCGCAGAAACAAGCAAAUGCUGGGAUGCCGAUGGUUGCUAACAAUAUGCUUCGUGGUCAACCAGCAGCAACAGUUCAAGGAUUUGUAGGCGACGCAGAAACUCCUGCUCCUCCAGUAGUUGUAGCAGUUGAUCAGCAGCAAAAUCAGCCCCAACCACCAACUCAAGCCGUAGUAGUAAACAGCAAGACGAAAACUGCGCUCGCCAAUAUGUUGAGUAAUCGUUUGAGUGGCUGCAACGCUGUUGUUGUACCGGGCGCUGAUCAGGAGCCAUCGGCUGCAGGCACCUUGAGAAUGAUGACUGCACAACAUAAUGCAUCAUUGAAUGCACCAGUUGCACCACGCACACAGCAAGAACUCCUUGUUUUACAGCAGCAAAGAAGAGGGGGAAUGGGUGUUGCUGCACCAGUAGCAAUGCCGGUGGCUGGAGGAGCAGGUCAAGUGGCUGUUAUGCCAGGUGGAGGGGCUGCAGGCCAGGUAACAGUUAUGCCCGGCGCAGCAGGAGUACUUGCACAAACAAAUGGAACAGCUUUAAAACCUGGUAUGGUUUUUACUAAUGGGAGACUGCAAGUGCAACCAGCCAGACCUCAGUUUUAUGGACACAAUCCUAAUUUAAAAUUGCCACCUGAUUUGUUUUUGUUGGGUUGCAUAUUUCUGAUUGUUGAAUAUGAUGAAGAGUCUCCUGAUAAAGUUGCUAUGUGGAAAAAACUAAUAGCAAAACAUGGAGGAGAAGUCGAACCUUCUUACUGUGCCAGAGUUACCCAUUUGUUAUGUAAAACUCAGAGGCAUGGCCUUGUUAUGCAGGCAAUACGGGAUGUGAAACGAUGUGUAACAGCUCACUGGCUUAAUGACACUAUGGUAAAGCGUCAAGUCCUACCACCGUGGCAAGCAAUACAUUUUCCUGCAUUUGGAACUCAGAGACCUGCCUACAAACACAUUAUAUCCUAUUCUGGAUUUGAAGGAGAAGAGAGGACUAGAGUGCAAAGCAUGAUCGAAGAGAUUGGAGCUAAGUUUACUGGUUACUUGAGCAAGCAUAAUACUGUAUUGGUUUGUAAACGUGCUGAAGGAUUAAAAUAUAAAUAUGCACGUGAUCGAGGAAUAAAUGUUGUUAAUGUUGCCUGGCUGAGUGACAUACUUUUAGGAAAUUUAGAUGUUUUGAAGCAGUUUGAUGCCCAGAAGUAUCAACAAUAUAAUUUACCAAAUCCAUUCAGAAUUGAUUAUUCAUUGGUGCCUCAUCUCAUGGGAGGCUGGAAAUCACCAAUAAACAUCACCCAAGAAUCUCAUGAGCGUGUCAAACGCAGUUUAAGCCCUCAUAGUGGCACACCUCGAGCCAAAAAGCCACGUUCCCCACCAAAUACACCAAAACAAGAAAUAGAGGAUGCAACCAUCCAAGUUACUUCCAAGAAUCCUCCAUCAGCGGAGGAUGCGCCACGUGUUCUGUUUUCCAUGAUUGGUGAUAAUUUGUCAAAUUAUGUAAAAAUUGUCAAGCAGCUUGGUGGAUAUGUUGUUGAUACUCCAUCAGAAGCUACACAUCUGGUUUUAUGUCGUCCAAAUAGGACUCGCAAGCUACUAAUGAGUUUAAUAGUUUGCAAAUAUAUCAUUACACCAGAGUGGCUUACAGAAAGCGAACAAUCGAAUGAAUUUUUAUCAUGUGAUAAAUUUAUUUUCCGAGAUGAGAAUUUUACAAACACUUAUAAAUGUAAUAUAGAAAAAGUAUUACAAACGCCAAGUCGAACUGAGCUAUUCAAAAAUAAGAUAUUUUAUCUUACAAAUUCGGUUGUGCCAUCUCGGGCUACCUUGAAGGAACUUAUUGAAGCUUCUGGAGGUACUGUCGAAAAAAUUAAAAGGUCUUGUUUGCAAGUGCAAGACUUACAAAGUGUAAAUCCGAAUGGCUACGUUGUUGUAACCACAUUAGAUGAUUUACAUUUAGUUAUGGACUUAGUUCGCUCUACAAAAAUAACAAAAUGUGUUUGUAAUAGUGAGUUUGUUAUGACUUCCAUAAUGACUCAGGAAAUCAAUUUUGAACCUUUUACUGUCACUAUAGAUUAAAUGUACUGAAAAAAGAUAAAUAAUUGUAUAUAUAGAAUAAACUUGAAGCUUCUGCCGUUAGAAUAGAUUUUCAGUGACAUAUUAACAACUUUAUUAAAUAUUCUUACAUGAGAAAAAAUAUGUAGAUGCUUUUUCAAUUGAAGUACUUUUUGCAAAUAUUAAAUAUAAGAACUAUUCUAACUAAUAAGGCUAUGCAGGGUGUUCCACAACUCUUUGUCAAGCCGAAAUG